UGUUUUUGUGUUGAUUGUAAGGUCCUGCGCUUUCUGCCCCCACUUUAUCGCCGCCGGCACUCCCCGACUUCCGGUUGGCCGCGCGACGCCGCCGUCGUCCGCCGUUCUCGCCCUCUUGCAGUGCUUUUCAAGGAAGCAAAAAAGACAAGUUGAGACUAAUCAGCCGCCGCCAUGGGUAAGGAAAAGAUUCACAUCAAUAUCGUCGUCAUCGGCCACGUCGACUCCGGUAAAUCAACAUCUACUGGUCAUUUGAUUUACAAAUGCGGUGGAAUCGACAAGCGUACCAUUGAGAAGUUCGAGAAGGAAGCGCAGGAGAUGGGUAAAGGUUCGUUCAAAUACGCGUGGGUCUUGGACAAGCUGAAAGCGGAGCGUGAGCGUGGUAUUACCAUUGACAUCGCCCUCUGGAAGUUCGAGACUGCCAAGUAUUACGUUACCAUUAUCGACGCGCCUGGACACAGGGAUUUCAUCAAGAACAUGAUUACCGGUACUUCUCAAGCGGAUUGCGCUGUGUUGAUUGUCGCUGCCGGUACCGGUGAGUUCGAAGCCGGUAUUUCCAAAAACGGCCAAACUCGUGAACACGCUCUGUUGGCGUUCACUCUCGGCGUGAAGCAGUUGAUCGUCGGUGUGAACAAGAUGGACUCCACCGAGCCGCCGUACAGCGAGACGCGUUUCGAGGAAAUCAAAAAGGAGGUGUCCUCGUACAUCAAGAAGAUUGGUUACAAUCCACUCGCUGUACCAUUUGUUCCUAUCUCCGGCUGGCAUGGCGAUAAUAUGCUCGAGGCUUCGGACAAGAUGCCAUGGUUCAAGGGAUGGACCGUCGAGCGUAAGGAGGGUAAGGCUGAUGGUAAAUGCUUGAUUGAAGCAUUGGACGCCAUCUUGCCGCCUUCUCGUCCUACUGAAAAGCCACUGCGUUUACCACUUCAGGAUGUUUACAAAAUUGGUGGUAUUGGUACAGUACCAGUGGGCCGUGUGGAGACUGGCAUCCUCAAGCCAGGCAUGGUGGUAACCUUCGCCCCUGCUGGUCUGACCACUGAAGUAAAGUCCGUGGAGAUGCACCACGAGGCAUUGUCCGAAGCCGUUCCCGGCGACAAUGUCGGUUUCAACGUCAAGAACGUGUCCGUUAAGGAAUUGCGUCGUGGUUAUGUCGCUGGUGAUUCCAAGGCAUCGCCACCACGCGGCGCUGCUGAUUUCCUGGCGCAGGUUAUUGUCCUGAACCAUCCCGGUCAGAUCGCCAACGGAUACACGCCGGUGCUGGAUUGUCACACGGCGCACAUUGCGUGCAAAUUCGCCGAGAUCAAGGAGAAGUGCGACCGUCGUACCGGUAAGACCACCGAGGAGAAUCCCAAGUCGAUCAAGUCGGGCGACGCCGCCAUUGUCAACCUGGUGCCCUCGAAGCCGAUGUGCGUCGAGUCGUUCCAGGAGUUCCCGCCGCUGGGACGCUUUGCUGUGCGUGACAUGCGUCAAACUGUCGCUGUGGGUGUUAUCAAGUCGGUCACCUUUAAAGAUACCACUGGCAAGGUGACGAAGGCCGCCGAGAAGGCGCAGAAGAAGAAAUAACUAGACUUAGUCACAUCCGCUGCCAUCGAAUGCGAUCGUGCGCAGGACGCGUUCGCCAGUAAUCAUCGUUUGUUAUUCUCUAGGUGGCUCCAGCAGCAUUACUUUCAUCGCAAAGAGUUUAGAAGGAAAAACUACGUGGCUAUAUUAAGUUCCCUUUUUAAGAUUAUUUAAAUUAUAUUACGAUCCAUAUUGAUAUUUUUAUUUUUCGUUUCUAAGUUCUCUGCGUGAGGCGUCGAAUUGUUUUCUUCUUUGUUUUCUGUGUUUUUGUACGGUUUUUGUUUCGGAGACAGGCAGGGGACGAAGUGGAUGGGAUGGUAUUGAAUGUGGGGGGGGAAGACGACGACGAAAGGCACGUUUUCGAUUGUCUGAUUAGUGUUUAAGUUUUUGUUUGAUGAGCGUACUUGUUUUCGUAACUUUAUAAAACGAUCACACUGAGCAAUGACUUCUGAAUUCUGAACUAUUGCAGACACUUGAAAUAUUCUCACUUCUUGACGAUAGAAUUGAAUUUAAUGUUAUACCAACAAUAUCUGACUUAAUAAAAUGCAUACAAAUA